AUGAAGCGAGGGAGGAGUUCCCCGAUCUGCUUGACGUGCUGCUGCCUCACGCCCAGACCUACGUGCCCCGGCUGGUGAGGAUGGAGGCGUUCCACCUCAGCCUGUCUCAGAGCGUGGUUCUGCGCCACCAUUGGAUCCUCCCUUUCAUGCAGGCUCUGAAAGACCGCGUGGCCUCCUUUGAAAGAUUCCUCUUUACUGCCAACCGGGUAAAGAUUUAUACCAAUCAAGAGAAAACUAGGACCUUCGUUGGGCUUGAGGUCACCUCAGGGCAUGCCCAGUUCUUGGACCUGGUUUCAGAGGUGGACAGAGUCAUGGAGGAGUUCGACCUCACCACUUUCUACCAGGACCCUUCAUUCCACAUCAGUCUGGCGUGGUGCGUGGGUGACGCAUGUCUUCAGCUGGAAGGGCGGUGUGUGCAGGAACUACAGGAACCGAACUCACGACCUUGCGCUUGCCAGGCAGAUGCUUUGCCGCUGAGCUAAAUCCCCAGCCCCUGCUAGCACUUGUUUUUUAAGAGAAGCCAGAAAUCUGGAUUUUUCUGUUCAGUUUCCCACCUUUAGGUGUUGGCAAGUGUUUUUAGAAAACAUUUUGCAAGCCAAACAAAAUAUGUGUACUCCAUGGAGACCUUACUGUUAACAUAAUCGUGCAGAAGGCAGAAAAGAACCCUGAUUCCCAGCUCCAGCAGACCUAGGUCACAAUCCUGGUUCCACCCAUUUCUGUAACCCAGAGCUCUGAGCCUCUGUGUCCUCAUCUGUCAGUGGGGGUGACGGCUGACCUCACAAGAUUGCAUAAGGGAGUGGGCCAGUUUGCUGAUGCAGCGCCUGGAGCCCAUGUGGCUCGUGUCCCUCUCAGCAUGGUCCAGCCGCUGAAGGAGCCGGCGAGGCUGAUUUUGUUUGUAGUGCCCUCUGUGUCUCAGAUUGCCCUUAAUGUGACUGUCCUCUCCUGGCUGCUGGCUGAAGGAAAUCAUGGAUGAGUUUGAAGACUCUGAGAUGCUGUUGCGUGUGCAAGCCAACCAGGUCCGCUGCAAGUCUGGGAACAAGUUCUUCUCCAUGC